AGAAGGCAGGACUUGACGUAAUACGGGUGGGGAAAAUGCCCCAUGGAGCAAAGUUAUGGCGGAAACUUGGUUUUGAUAGCAUAGCGUUGAGAGUUUUGUAUUUAAGUUAUAAAAUUGAAUGCUAAAAACUCGUUUUCUCUUUUUUUUGUUUUUGGGGUAAGUUAAUAUUUUGGAGUCAUGGCGUCCACCGCGGCAGGGAAGCAGAGAAUACCGAAAGUGGCAAAGGUGAAGAAUAAAGCCCCGGCUGAGGUGCAGAUCACGGCCGAGCAGCUGCUCCGAGAAGCCAAGGAACGAGAACUCGAGCUACUCCCCCCUCCACCCAAACAGAAGAUCACUGAUGAAGAGGAAUUAAACGAUUACAAAUUACGAAAACGCAAGGGGUUUGAAGACAAUAUCAGAAAGAACAGGACUGUCAUAAGCAACUGGAUCAAGUACGCACAAUGGGAGGAGAGUCUGAAGGAAGUACAGAGAGCUCGGUCUAUCUACGAGCGAGCGUUGGACGUGGAUCACCGGAAUGUCACGCUGUGGCUGAAAUACGCCGAGAUGGAGAUGAAGAACCGACAGGUCAAUCACGCCCGCAACAUCUGGGACCGAGCCAUAACCAUCCUGCCCCGAGUCAACCAGUUCUGGUACAAGUACAGCUACAUGGAGGAGAUGCUGGGGAACAUAGCAGGCUGCAGGCAGGUGUUUGAGCGCUGGAUGGAGUGGGAGCCGGAAGAGCAGGCCUGGCACUCUUACAUCAACUUUGAGCUGCGCUAUAAGGAGGUGGAGAAAGCCCGCUGCAUUUAUGAGAGAUUUGUGAUAGUCCACCCUGUAGUGAAGAACUGGAUCAAAUAUGCCCGCUUCGAAGAUAAACACGGUUACAUUGCUCACGCGAGAAAAGUGUACGAGAGGGCUGUGGAGUUCUUCGGCGAGGAAUACAUCGACGAAAACCUCUUCGUGGCUUUUGCUAAAUUCGAGGAGAAACAGAAAGAGUUUGAGCGUGUACGGGUGAUCUAUAAGUACGCCCUGGACAGAAUCCCCAAACAGCAGGCCCAGGAGCUUUUCAAGAACUACACAGUGUUUGAGAAGAAGUUCGGAGACAGGAGAGGAAUCGAGGACGUCAUCGUCAGCAAGAGGAGAUUUCAGUAUGAGGAGGAGGUUAAGGCAAACCCACACAACUACGACGCCUGGUUCGAUUACCUGCGGCUGGUGGAGAGCGACGCAGACGCCGACACGGUCCGAGAAGUGUACGAACGAGCCAUCGCCAAUGUUCCCCCCAUCACGGAGAAGAGACACUGGAAACGCUACAUUUACCUGUGGAUCAACUACGCUCUCUAUGAGGAGCUGGAGGUCAAGGACCCUGAAAGAACGAGACAGGUGUACCAGGCAUGUCUGGAGCUCAUCCCUCACAAAAAGUUUUCAUUCGCUAAGAUCUGGUUGCUCUACGCCCAGUUUGAAGUCCGCCAGAAGAACCUGCCGAGCGCCAGACGAGGCCUGGGCACAGGCAUUGGGAAAUGCCCAAAGAACAAGCUGUUUAAGGGCUACAUCGAGCUGGAGCUGCAGCUCAGAGAGUUUGACCGCUGCAGGAAGCUCUACGAGAAGUACCUGGAGUUCAGCCCGGAGAACUGCACCACCUGGAUCAAGUUUGCUGAGCUGGAGACGAUCCUCGGAGACGUAGAAAGAGCGCGGGCCAUAUUCGAGCUGGCCAUCAGUCAGCCUCGCCUCGACAUGCCAGAGGUGCUCUGGAAGUCUUACAUCGACUUUGAAAUCGAGCAGGAGGAGUAUGAGAACACGCGUGGACUUUAUAAAAGGCUCUUACAGCGCACACAGCAUGUCAAAGUAUGGAUCAGUUACGCACAGUUUGAGCUGUCGAUUGAAGGUGAGGAGCGACUGCAGCGAUGCAGGCAGGUCUAUGAGGAAGCUAACCGUAGCCUGCGCACGUGUGAGGAGAAGGAGGAGAGGCUCAUGCUGCUCGAGGCCUGGAAGGAUUUCGAGCAGGAGUUCGGCACCGUGGCCAACAAGGACAGAGUGAGGAAGCUCAUGCCCGAGAAGGUGAAGAAGAGGAGGAAGCUCACGGCAGAGGACGGGUCGGAUGCAGGAUGGGAAGAAUAUUACGACUACAUCUUCCCAGAAGACGCUGCCAAUCAGCCCAACCUCAAACUCCUGGCCAUGGCCAAGAUGUGGAAGAAGCAGCAACAGCAGGACGAGCCUCAGGAAGAACAAGAGACAGAAAAGGACGAGAGCACCGAACAAGAGACAGAAAAGGACGAGAGCACCGAAUCCACACAGCCAAGAGACGAGCAGGAGCAUAGAGAAGAAACCCAGGAGACUAAAGAGAGUGUGUGUGACGAUCGGGACGACAGCGACAGCAGCAGUGAGAGUGAGAGUGAAAGUGAUGAGGAGAAGACUGAAAACAAAACAGAGGAAAAGACAAAUCCUGCAGAGGAGGACUAAACUGAAAAUGAUUUUUUUUUUCCUUUAUUCAAUAUCAGGAUAAACUGGACUGAUGGGGCUUCCAUCACCUCACAAACUGUUCUCACUAUUCUUUUAUAACAAAAUAAAAAGGAAAAAUAA